AUGUUCACAGUAGUUUCCAUUCGCCAAAUUUCCCUGACCACAAUUGGGCCGAGAAUUCUGGGCCUGCCGAGGCUGGACAAAAGAAGGCCCUGUGGUGCUCCCUGGAGCAGGCGGCCGCUGCGAUGGCUGAGCGUCAGAGCUGGAGACUACGCUGAGCUCACGAAGGCUUUCACCCAGAGGGACGUGGUCACGUUUUCAGCAUUAACGGGCGACACCAACCCCCUGCACCUGAGCGAAGACUUUGCAAAGGGGACCAAGUUCGAAAGGCCGAUUGUCCAUGGAGUUUUGAUCAACGGACUCAUUUCUGCCGUUCUGGGCACAAAAAUGCCUGGGCCCGGCUGCGUCUUUAUUUCUCAGGACAUCAGCUUCCCGGCCCCGUUGUAUGUGGGAGAAACGGUGGUAGCGGCCGCCAAAGUGAAAAAGCUGAAGAUGGGGGUGGCCUUUGUGGAGGUGUCGUGCUGUGUCCCAGAGAGAGGAAAAACCGUCAUGGAAGGCACGGUUAAGGUUCGGGUUCCAGAAGCCCGGGGUUCUUGAGUUGUGAGUGAAAGCUGUUCCAGAAUCGGACGUGUGUGUGUGUGUGUGUGUGUGUGUGUGUGUGUGUGUGUGUGUGUGUGUGUGUGAGAAAAUUAAAGCACAACUAGAGAAAAUCGUGGA